AUGAACAAGCAAUUUUGUCAUUAUUCGGCUCUAAUUCUUCUUCUUCUAAGUUUCUACUGUUAUGCAUCACCUGUUCCAUCCGUUCAUCAAAGUCAACAUCAUGAACCAUCAGUUUUAUCAACUAAAAUUCAUGAUAAAAUGGAAAUAAUGGAACCAAUAUUUUCAAAGACAAAUAUUUUAUGCGCAUUUUAUGGCAUUUGUAAUGAUGGUGGUAAUGAUGAUGAUGAUGAUGAUGAUGAUGGUGAUCAUUCACAAGACAUUUAUGAUGACGAUACAAAACAUAAACGUCUAUCGGCUGGUUUAUUUCAUGGUAUCCCAAAAUUUGGCAGGCGUGCAUUCUCAUCGGCAUUUGCUGGUAUACCAAAAUUUGGUUAA